AUGGACCCCUUUGGAAGUUCCCGAAAUCAUCAGUUGUUUGUCCUACUGGCUCAACGCAUUAGUUCGCUAGUCAUUCAUUUAAUAAAACACGCGAGGCUACAGUGUCUUCCAGUUCAAGAAGCUUUUCGUCAAGCCCUUCUGACCAUGCAUCGAGAGUUAACGCAAUUUUUAUUCCCUCACUCGCAUUCAUUCGAGCAUAGCUUUCAGCUCCGAAAUUCGGGCCCAUCUUUUCAAACUCUUUCUUCCAUGCCACAUUACCAUUUCCAUCCCACAUCUCAACAUUCGACCGCUGCGGAUCAAUUUGCUGAUUUUCGUGGCAGUAUCACUCCACCGGAAGAUAUCACACCGCCCCACAAUACACCAACAGGCUCAGUGAUCGGUUUUACUUCGACGCCCAUCCGGUCACCAGUUGUACGCUCUCGGUCGGAACCCUUCGCACUCAUUAAUCAGCUGUUGAUGGCGAUGCACUCUUCCGAUGGCGGCAAUUUGUCAAGCGUCACCGACCAGUACACUAAUGAUCCCGUCUUCCGCGAACGAAUGCUCAGGGAGGUGGACGAGUUGCGUUCUUUAAUCCUUACGCCAUCGGAAUGUCCGAGUAAUGUGGCAGGGCAAGCUUUGCGAUCACUUUUGGAUCGAGUAGAACAAGCCGAAAUAACACUUUCGUUGCUCAUCCGUAACAUAGAGCUAUUGCAAAAUAAUUCAUGAAAAAAACUGAAAAACAAUUAUGAAAAAU